ACAGCAAGCAAAUUUCACAAGUUUGGUGCUACAAAAGUUCAUAAAACUUUCAAAAUAUCCUAAAAGUGAGAUAAAUAAUGGAAGAUUAAAUAAUAAAUAACAAAAAUAAUAAAUAAAGUAAAUACUGGAAGAUAAACAUUAAAGAAAUCUUCAUAUUGAUCCAGCAAGAAAUAACAUAAAGUACACAGUGCAAAGAUUCGCAAUAUCAACAAAAUACAAAAAAAAAGUUGUAGGUGUAUAUAAUUUGACCUGCUCUUAUUUGUUCUGUCACACACGAGGGCUAAUAAAAAUAAUUGUUUAUAUAAUCAAAGCAAAUAGAGUAAAGUGUAUGUGUGUACACAACUGAUUUGAUUUCCAUUCUUGAAGAAAACUUGAGAAUUAGUUCCUGUUUAAUUUUUCAAAAAGUUCCGGAAGAAUUUUAAAUUUAUUUGUAAAGCUGAAAAAAUAAAUAGAUUUCACGCAACCUAACAGCUGUUGGAAAGUCUACGCAUCAUCAACAUACGAGACUGCCAUCACCACCCAAAAAAAAAAUUGUUAUCUUGACAAGCUUCGUCAGUUACAGCAGCUAGCUACUUCACAAACAACAAGCCAACAAGAAAUAACUGGAACAUUCACAAAACCUUUGAAUAGACUGAAAUUCGCCAAAUCUUAUCAGUAGUAUCAAAGGAGGCCUAAAACUCGUUAUCUGAUAAGACAAUUGUUUUCUUUUAUUUCGCCAGUCGUUUAGUGUUUCCGUUAUUUGUCAUUGCCGAACGCACGAGGAGUACGAAGAAGUACACGAGUUUUGGAAAAAUAUCACAUCGGAGAUAAGAUAAGAUUAGUGCUGCGCUCAUACGUUGUUACAUUAUACUCAAUAGUGUGCUGAAUCAGUUGACAUUCGUCAUUUUUGAAAACAAUUUCUCAAAGUGCAGAGCGAAUUUAAUACUUUUAUUGCGCAGUAAUUGCGGUGCAAAACAAAAAUAUUUACAAAAGCCAAAAUUAAAAAUAUCAGAGAGUGCGUAAAUGUGCGAUUUUAAUUCACUACAAAAUAUUUUUAUUAGAAAUUUAAUCAUCGUUAAAAAAUAGUGCCAUUCAUUUUUUGAGAAAAAAAUAAAAUUAAAAGUGCUAGAAUAAUAAAAAAAAAAAUCGUCAAAAUGAAUUUCAUCACAACAAAAUUCGUGUCGCUGCUACUCGGUGUGUCACUCGUUGCAGCCAAUUCCGCACCCAGCUCCGACAUAAAUCAACACACAGAUUUCUACCAAAAUCAAAUUUCCUCGGCAUAUCCGGUUCCGGUGUCAGGAUCAGGUGCAGUCGAUCAACAGGGACCAACGGAUCGCAGUUAUGCGCCGAUGGAUGUGUGGGUUUUUGCCACAAUCAACAUCUCCUACUACAGCGACGAGUCCGACGAGUUUGUAAAUCGCUCGGAAAAAGCCAAAUAUGGCGAGGGAAAAAUCCUGAAUGUCGAGGGAAAACUCGUGCAUAUCACGUCGCCGCGCGAUUUGACCGAUCACACGGGAUGCGACGAAGAUAUGCUCGGAACAAAGGGAAAACCGAUUCCAAAUGAGCCCUGGAUUGCCCUCAUUAAACGUGGAAAGUGCAAUUUCGAGGAAAAAGUUAAUCAUGCAUACAAACAUAAUGCAUCCGGUGUGAUUGUCUACAACGACAGAGACUCCAUCAACUUGGAUAAAAUGAAAAUUCUCGGAAAAGACCGUCACAUCACAGCGGUGUUCACCUAUAAAUGGGUAGGAGAAGAUUUCGCAAAAUUAGUUGAGGAAGACAAAGAUGUCACAGUGUCUAUCAAUGAAGGAAUGCGUGGCGGACGCAUGAUUGGCAACAUUAAUCGAACAUCCGUGCUCUUCGUAUCAAUAUCAUUUAUCGUCUUAAUGAUAAUUUCCUUGAUAUGGUUGGUGUUCUACUAUGUACAGAGAUUCAGAUAUCUCCAAACCAAAGAUAAGCAAUCGCGACGAUUGUGUAGUGUAGCCAAACGCAUCAUAUCAAAAAUUCCUUUGAAAAAUAUCAAAUCUGAUGAUAAGGAAAUCGACAGUGAUUGUUGUGCCAUCUGUAUUGAACCAUACAAGGUCGCUGAUCAAGUUCGAGUUCUUCCAUGCAAACACGAAUAUCACAAAGUGUGCAUCGACCCGUGGUUAUUGGAGCACCGUACAUGUCCCAUGUGCAAGCUCGACAUCUUGAAGCAUUAUGGUUUUGUUUUUACUGGAUCGCAAGAAAGUAUUCUGCAGUUGGAAGAUUAUGAAGAUGUUGAGAUCGAGAUAAAUAAUCCAUCUGCACGUCGGAACAGCGUUAGUCCAUUGCCACAAAUUCGUGGAGGAGGUAGUAGUAACCGGUUGUCACAUACAUCGACCGCCGACUCUGACUCUGAGCAUGAAGUCCCGAGUCCCACUGAAGAAACUCCCAGUUUAACCAAUUAUUCAUCACGAGUGUCAAAUAAAAACGAAAUUUGUGUGAGCUGCUUAGCAGCUGCACUCAAGAAAAGCCGUAAGUCUGUUGAUUCUGCCUUAUUGGAUGAAACGGAUGAUGUUGAUGCUUCCCCAAUCAACACAUUCCGUCACAGCUCAAUUAGUCUCCCAACAACGUUGAAAAAAUACAAGGGACACCAUUCCACAGAGGCAUGCAAGCACCUGUAUGCCAGCAGUUCCCGAACGUCCAACAAGGACCACCAAAAGAACGCCGAAAGCAACCCGUACGACGACACCGCAUCGUCCGCCAGUCAAAAUAAAUACAAUAAAAGCCGCUCGAAUAAAGACAGAAAUGCAUCAAAAGCAAAUGUUUCUUCCUUUUCUGCCUCAGUAUCAUGUGAUAAAAUAUUGAAUACGACAAAUAGUAACAAUAACGCGUUAACAGACUUUGAUGACUCGGACGACAAUGUGCUGUUAGAUAGUGUCAUUGUUGCUAGUAUUGUUGGCAGUUUAGAGCAAAAAAUUAACGAAUGAUUUUAGGUUGUGCUGCAUUAAAAUAAAUUUAAAAAAUGUGUUGAAACAACACUCGAAAAAAAACAGUGUGAUCAAAAUGUUUCUUUGUACUUAAUAUUAGCGAGACAAAAAAAAAUAUUUAUUAUUAAAAAAAAUGAUCUUCAUGACCUAAAAAAUAUAGUUUUUAAAACUAAAUAGCUACUCACUAUACUUAAAAAAUAAAACAUUGAAUAAACAAUGUACUUAAAGAAAAAACUUUAAUGAAUUAUUUACGAAAAAUCUAAAAAAAAUCUAUAGAACAGAAGUUAGGAACAACUUUAUUAAACUAAAAUCUCAAAAUAUGUAAUUUUU